AUGUUGAAAGCUGCCCCUGGCUUUACAGGUUUUGGUCCUGAGUUCAACCGUCUUAAGAAGUUCAAGGAGAUACGUCUUCAAAAUGGAGCCUUGACGUUUCUCGAAAAAGCCCAUUCCUCAUUCCAAUCACGAGGAUGCUUCAAGGGACGAGAUUGCUUUAAAAGAUCACUCCUUCAUUACGCUGCCAUGGGGGAAUGCAUAGAUCUCCUUCUUUAUCUCCUCCAAACCGAGCCAAAGAUUGAUUCUCGUGACAUGUGGGGGCGGACACCUCUCUCCUGGGCUGCUGAAUACGGCUCGUUGGGGGUUGUGAAGAUACUAUUGGAAAAAGGAGCAAAUGUCAAUGCAAUGGAUUAUGAGGGUAGCACACCCUUGGCAUUCUUGAGAGAAGCCGGCUACGCUGGAAACAAAACCUUGCCGGCUACUGAAGCUUACUUAGUAGAGAGGGGUGCCAAAGAAGACACGUUGGGGGGCAUCAAGUUGGCUUGGCUUUGGUUUUUGUAUUAUUCUCGCUUACUCCCAUAUAUCCGCCCGCGUAUCUGA